AUGAUCCUGACUCAGAUUUCCUACCUUGAUUGCUUGGUUUUUCUUGUUUUCCUAGCUCCGCAAUUGCUCAUCCACGUCGGACUCUGGCGAACAGCGCGAUGGGUUGUGGGAGCGCUUCCUUUUCUAAUCAUUGAAGCCAUUGUUCUACCCUUCCGGUUCGCCAAGGAAAGGUUCUUCACGUCGUUCCAAAACCGAAGUCCGUUCGUCCAACAGGCUACGCUGUUCCAAGAUCUCGUUGUCAGAUGCGUACGAUAUGCUUUUGCAUCUAUGCCAGCAUAUCUUGGUAGAGUCUUCUUCUCGAAGGCCGUUGCUCUCCCGUUUCUUCGCUUCAGAAUGCUCCGACAUGGCUAUCUUCAAUCACCAAUCACCUGGCGUGAGGUCAACAAAGAUGGGUUCCGGGGUGUGUGGCUUACGUACGACCAGUCUAGGCAGCCUGACAUUGUCGUUUACUACUGUCAUGGAGGAGGAUUCUCGAUGGGUUCCAGUUAUUUUUACAUGGAGUUCCUACUCGCGUUGGUAACACUUAUGAAAGAUUCUGGCUAUCAAAACCCCGCUCUUUUCACUUUAGAGUAUAGUCUUGUUCCAGACGCCGUAUAUCCCACUCAGGUUCAGCAGGCGUUUGCUGGCUUCGAAUACGUCAUCUCAAUCGCAAAAGACCCAUCGCGAAUUUGCGUUGGGGGAGACUCCGCUGGAGCAACGGUCGUACUGAGUCUCUUGCUGUACAUGGCAGACCAUCCUUCAUAUCGUUCCCGUCUUCCUGGUUUCGCCAUGAUGAUCUCACCAUGGGUAACUCUCGUCUCAGAGAACAAUCGCAAUACCGCCAGUGAUUAUUUGAACAAGGAGAGCCUUGAUAUUUACGGCCGCCAGUACUGUGGAUCCAAGGUGCUUGUUGACGAUCCAAUGGUAUCCCCUGGAAACUGCAAAGACUUGAACAGGUGGGCAAGAGCAACCCCAACCAACGGAUGGGCAUUUCUCUUUGGCUCCGAAGAGGUCCUUGCGCCCGAGACACGCGCUCUUAUCUCUCUGCUUAAGAAGUCGGGCGCAGAAGUUCACGUUGAUGAAGAGAAGGGUGGAAUUCACGCAUGGCCUGUGGCAGCCUUGUAUCUAGGCGAAUCGAAGGAUGAACGAUUGAAAGGACUACGGGAUAUGGCAGACUUGCUACGCCGCAAAGUCAAGUAA